GCUUAUCUUUUCUCUCAUAUGUGUGUGUAUAUAUAUAUAGAUGGCUUCUCAAAGCACAGCCCUAAGAAAGCGCGGCAUGGGUAGGGGCCCCAAUCAUAUCCCAAGGGCUCCUACUAACCCGGACGAGCGGACUCUUAUUCACCUUCAUCCUGGUCCUAAUACCACUGAUUUCGCAGAUCAUAGAAUUGUGAAGUGUAUCUCUCAGUUAUGCCUUCAGAACUGGCCUACUCCUGCAAUUACGUGGGCUAGCACACCUUCCGCCCACAAGGAUGCUGUGUGGGCAGAAUUCCAGAAACGUUAUAGGUGGGAAGACGAGAACAGUGCAACAAUUUCUACUUUAUUUUGGCAGAAGUGUGCUGCCCGCACUAAAGAUAAUUUGUCAAAAGAACGUGCGAAAGCCCUAUACAAUGCCAACAUUGACUAUCCAACUCAAGGAGGAGAGUUGUAUAUGCAUAAGUAUAACCCUUGGUGGUGCAGCGCUGAUAUAUGGGCUCAGAUGUGUGAAAAAUGGACGGAAGAAGACUGGCUAAAGAGGAGUUCUACUGCCUCUAGUAACAGAUUCGCAGGUGCAGACAGUGGUCAAAAGGCCAAAGGCACCUACAAGGGCGGCAUUAUUUCUCAGUUGCAGCAUAUCACUAAUAAGGAGUCUCAGUCCCCGGGAGUUUCUAUCGACUGGGUGGAUGUUUACGUGGCUACUCGUGAUGGUUUGCCAGAUGCUAUUAAAACAGCGGAAAAUUAUCGUCGUUUGUUUGAUGAGCGUUAUCCUGAGGGCACUGAGCGUCCUGAUUUUGAUCAGGAAUUGUGGGAGAUGGCUUCUGUUGUGAAGAAAAAUUAUGUCAAAGGUCAAGGACAGCGACGACGCCCAUCCUUUAGUGGCUCAUUCAAUGGCUCAGGUGGCACUCAGUCUUCGCAGUCAUCGAGCCAUCUGUCUACUCAUACUGCGGCUGAUUGUGUGAGAGCCAUAUGCCAAAAUAAAGAGCUUCUUCUUAUACUAGGCGGGCAUCUGGGAGCUAUAGAUCCUGAGGCAUUAGCUCGUGCAGUGGAGGCGGCAGCUGCAUCACGUCGUGCGGAUGAUACUGAGGGAUCUCGUCAUGAUGAUCAGGAAGACGAGUCUGGCGGAACUUAGUGUGUUAUGGUUGUAUUUUAUAUUUCCAGACUGUAAUUGCGUACUUGGACAAAACUGGAACAUUUUAUGUUUUUCUUUAUUUUGUCUUGGAUGAUGUUAACUUUUGCAUUUGAAUUUUUAUUCGAGUUGGUUAUCUGAAUUUGAGCAAAUUUAUAUAUAUUGUACGAUG